CUUUUAAGAAUGAAAUUAUAUGAUCAUUUACUUGAUAAUCAAUAUUACAUAACAUUCUUAACUAUGUCUAGAACUUCACAGAUCGAGCAUAUCACUCUUUUAUCCUCCCAUUCUCCCAAUAAAACAAGAGCUAGAGUAGAAAUGGAAGUAAAACGGAAAAGGAAUAAAGGGGUCUUUGCCUCGUGAAUGUCUGUGAUGGAUUUAGGUAUCAAAUUCAAUCCAUCAUGAACUUGGGAGGAUCCUAUGAUCAUUUAAUUUUACAUCACUAUUUUAAUUUAAGGAAAAUAAGAUAAUUUUUUCUUUAAUCAUGUAAUUUAAAUUUUUAAAAAAUUCAUAAAUAAAUCCAACAAACAAACAUUUAACUUUCUCAAAUUAAUAAUGACCCAAAUCGAGAUCCAUGAUAUUUCAAAACACAAAUUUUAACCAAAACGCUUAAUUUUCAAAUAAAAAAAAUCCUUUCAUCUUAAACGAAGAAUGAAUUACACAUGGGAGGAAAAGGGCAGCAAUGGAAGAAGGAAGUCGUGAAAAACGAGUGUGAAGAAAGGGAGAAGACGCGAUGGCCGGUCGUACCAUUGAUCUCCACUCGCCAACAAUGUUAGACUGACUUAUUAAAUUACCCCUCUUUCGUUCCACUGUUUCUCCAAUCCAAGUCCGACCCACUUUUCCUUUUUAUACGUUUUUUUUUUAACUCCGUUAAACUAAUACACAUGAUAUAGCAUAUUAGCAUACAGAUAGCUCCGUUUGUUCAUCAAUCUCGGUGGUCUUCCAUUGCUUAUUUCAGUGUUAAACUCAAGUUAAUUAAUUGUUUAAUUCUUAGUUGAAUUGUGUGUUUGGAUUAUCUGUUUUAAUGGCUAAUCAACUGGGUGGUAAAGGAGGUAUUUGGUCUAAAAGGACCUCAAACUCAUGUAUAAAUUUGUUUGAUGAUAUGAUCGUUGAACUCUUUGACCCCAUCAAGAAGUGCAUCACAUCUUUAAUGCUAUGGUAGGAUAGUUGUACUGGACCCUCGCUUUCAAAAACAAUUAUGAGGAUUUUACAAAAAAAAAAAAAAAAAACUGAGGCAAACUACUUAAUGAAAAAAUUUAAUUUAAAAAUAGAUACUUAAAUGUAUAAAUCUUUUAUUGAAACAUUAUUUAGAAGUUGAUAAAUUUUUUGAAGCUUUUAGUUUAGUUUCUGCUUGUCUAUGUACUAUGUAGCGAUGAUUAAAGGAGUUGGUCAUUGACUAACGGUCAACUCGGUUGACCGUCUAUUUUAACGGUCAAACCCGUCUCCGGGUCAAAUAAGAAAGUAUGGUACAUACUACAUAGUAUAGAUCAGAAUAUCAAUUUCCGAUACCAAGGGCCAAAGUAGAAAACUUGUUUAUAAUUCGGGCCAAAUUAAGAUAUUAACCCAAUUUUAAAUGACUUGCAACAUAAAGUAUACAUUGAUUAUUUAAAAAUAUAAUAAUAUUUGUAAAAAAAAAAAUUUUAUUCACUAAUCACUAGUUAGAUGAUUGAUAUUAGAUUAUACAAUAAACUAUACUUAAUAAUUAUUAUUCAAUUAGCUUAUUUUAUGGCCUACAACUAUCUUAUUAUUUAGAAGCAAAAAAAUCAAACCACCCACAGUUCCCAGAUAUUCCAAUUUCCAUUACAAGGCAAUGAAGGCAUCAAUUAUGGAAACUGCCCUAAUAUAAUUAAAAUAAAUGUAUGUUCUUCAAAGUUCAAACAAACAGAAUAUAAAAAUGAAUUAUACAUAUGAAACUAGAAAACAAAUAAAAUGUAGGGAAAGAAAAAAAAUAUAUAUAUGCGGGACCUACGGCAAUCUUUAAUAACACCCUCCUACCACUUAUCUCUGCCUCCCUUAUCCUGACCAAACCAAUUCCCCAUCCAAGCCAUAGGCUCCUUCACCCUUUCUUCUUGCACCAUUUUUGUCUUUUCCCUUUCUUUAUGCCGCCAGCUGCUUCCCUCAUCCUCAUCCCCCAUUCCUUCCUUUAUCUCUUCCUAUUCUCUGCUUUUUAGCUUUGGGCGGCUUCUUCACUGAUUCUUCCUUUCGGAACCCUCGACUGGACCCUUUUCACCCAUUCAAUCGAGGGUUCCCUUUCCUUAUCCGCCUCAGGUUUUCAAAGGCUUCCCUUCUCCCCUCUUUGCCGCCCCCAGGAAGCUAGCCACUCCCAUGGCUUUGUGGUCUAUACUGCUCGACAUUCUCCAGAGGCCCAGCCCUUUUGCUGUCAUGGCGGAGCUCUCCAUGCUGGUCGCUCCUCUCUGGAUUGCGGUAUUUGUAGGCGUUCUCGUUGGAUGGUCAUGGAGGCCCAAGUGGGCAAUUUUGGCCAAUCAAUCCGAUACCGCUCCACAAUCGCCGGCUUCCUCGAGCUUCAAGCUUCAGCUGCCCAGCUGCAUCUCUUGGAUUUCCAGCGAAUAUUCCCGUCAACCCAACUCAUCUUCUACUUCUCCCCCACCUACUACCACCCUCGCUUCUGAUUCAAGUGCUUCGCAGCCGGGAAAGGGGAAAUCGAGUAUUGUGUCAACGGAUGAUUUGCAGUACUUGUGCAAGCUUGUUGAAGUCAAAGAUGACGGCCCUGCGUGGAUUCAGAUGAUGGACCGUUCUACGCAGACUAUGAGCUACGAAGCUUGGAGAAGAGAUCCUGAGAGUGGCCCUCCCCAGUACCGUAGCAGAACUGUUUAUGAGGAUGCUACUCCUGAAAUGUUGAGGGACUUCUUUUGGGAUGACGAAUUCAGAAAGAAGUGGGAUGACAUGCUCAUACAUUCCGAGACUCUGGAGGAGUGCCCCACAACUGGAACCAUGAUGGUCCAGUGGGUUCGGAAGUUUCCUUUCUUCUGUAGCGACAGAGAGUAUAUCAUUGGUCGCCGGAUUUGGGAAUCGGGCAGAAAGUACUACUGUGUUACAAAGGGCGUAAGCAAUUCCGUUCCAAGGCGUAACAAGCCACGCCGUGUUGAUUUGUACUAUUCAAGCUGGUGCAUCCGUGCAGUGGAAUCAAAGAGAGAUGGACAGCUGACUGCAUGUGAGGUGCUACUGUUCCAUUACGAGGACAUGGGAAUUCCAUGGGAGAUUGCAAAGCUUGGAAUAAGACAAGGGAUGUGGGGAGCUGUGAAGAAGAUCGAGCCCGGUUUAAGAUUGUAUCAGAAAGAACGAGGUUCUGGGGCUCCACUCUCACGUUCCGGUUACAUGGCCCAGAUCAACUCCAAAGUGAGUCCAGACUACCUGAGAUUGUUGGAAAACAGCAGCAGCAGCACUUGUAGUACUUCAUCUGAAUCCGAGAUUGAAACCUCGGGAGAUUCUUCCGAAAAGGCGCAGGGAGGAGGGAGCAUACCUAAGGUUCUAGUAGUAGGUGGGGCUAUUGCUCUAGCAUGUUCACUCGACAGAGGGCUACUGACAAAGGCAGUCAUAUUUGGAGUAGCUAGAAGAUUUGCUAAGAUGGGGAGGAGAUUAUGAUAUGGCGAAAAAUUCUUUCAUUUUGCUUCCCCAAAUAGUCGCGAGCUGUGGUGAAAAUGAAGGGGGAAAGGUGCAAUCUGGGAUGGAGACUUGGUCCUUGGAUCGCCCACCCUAUUUGAAGAGAGGAGGCGGGAAUAGAAGAAGCUUUUACUGCAAUUUUCCUUUUCGUUGGGGCCCUUAUUUAUUUCUGUUCUGCACCUGUUGCAGCUUCUGAGGAAUGAGUGGAUGAUGAAUUGAUGAUACAUAAUACACAGCAAAUAGCUGUAUACAAGUUGAUUGAAGGAAAGAAUGAAAUCUAAGCUGCAUGAACAAAAUAACACGAGAACAAUGAAUGACCAGCUUCUUCUUCUUCGUGGUAUCGCGGCCUUGGCUGCAGUUCUUUGUUACUCUCUUGGAUAGUUUCGGAACUGGGCAUUAUCUGCGGUGGUCUAGUGAUAUGACUUGUUUAGCUGAUGAUCUCUGGUAAACUUUUCCUGGGAAAGCAGCCAUAAAUUCGCAACUAAUAGGUAAGUGAGAGUAAUGGAAGGUGGGUUGUCCACUUCAGAUGUCAGCCAGUAAGUGCAGUCCUAUUUACGAUAGGGCAGCACUCAGCAGCAGCAGCAGCUAGCUAUGGAAGAUCGGGGGCAUUUGCCGGUGGUUGAAGAUGGAAAUUGGGAAUAUGUUUGGUGGUGGUGGGGGAAAAAAGGAGAUGCAUCAGUCUGUGUGUUUAGUUACUUUGGGGCACCUAAUAUUAAUGUAGGCCAUUCAUAGUUGUUUUUAACUUCUGUCUUUACUUUUUCCUUUCUGAGCUUUGGUGUGUUUAGGAUUUUGUUCUCUUCUCUUAUGCUCUUCCGGGAGAGAGUGUAGAGGGCAAGCAAUCUAGUGGGCUGAAUGGCUGAUACCUUGAGUGGCAAAUGAUCUUAGUUACUCUGAAACGGUUUGCUAUGGAAAAAAACGCAUUUAAUACUUCGUUCAACUCGUGAGCUAGCUCAUCUUCAAUUUGUGAGUUUGUUCGACAAUAUGGCUAGCUAGUCACUUCGACCAGCGCGACUUAUGAGAGAAUCGACCUAUAGUUUAUGAGCUAGCUUGUUGAUAGUUCACAGACUUGUUCGAUUAUAUCUACAAAUUAUGUGACAGUAUAAGACUUUAAGAAAAUGAGCAAAUAUGUCUCGUUUCGAAUUUAAGAAGAUAAAUUAUGUGUCAUAGAUUUUUUAGGUACUAAAAAAUUAUUAUUAAAUAACAAGAUACGGCCUAAAUAAUAUGAUAUCAACAUAGUAUAUAAACACGAGAUUAAUAAUGAUGAAAUUUACUAUUUUUUUUUACUACGUAACAUCAAUCACGUGUAUCAUAUAUGACAUACAAAUAUUAUUGCAUGAAUUAAUAGAAUAUUUUAUAGUUAAGGUUUCGAGGUUGAACUAUUCAAAAUGAUAAAUGAGUUUAGCUUGUGAGCUUAUUAUUAAGCCCGAACUCUAAAGAGCUCACGAGUUCAUUUGGUAGUCAAGCUGGAAUCAACUUUAAAUCAAAUACGAGUCAAAAUUCAAUGAACAAGUUAAAUUCGAACUUCAACUUAUUUAUUAACAAACCGGUCCAAAUUAGGUUAAAAUGGCUCAAUUCGUCUCAUUUACAUUAAUAAUACCAAUACCAUCCGAUAGGUAUGUAAGCUUGACCCGAAAGACCCACUUACCCAUCCCGACCCAUCUCUCCCCUGAGGUUCAAGACAGUCAUUUUGUCUACAGGGUCAGAUUAGAGACGAAUCAUUUGUUGAUCCUGUAAGGGCCGGGACAACUUAGGGACGGGUCACUUUUUGACCUUGUGACCCUUAGCAACAACAAAUAUCUCAUACCACAUUGGACCUUUUGUAAAAUUUUAAAAGUUUAGGUACUAAAUUAUAAAAUAAAAAAUGGAUACCAAAAUGUAAUUUUACCAUCAAAAUUUAUGAACUUAUUUUUAAAAUAAAUAAAUUUUAUGUACUAAAUUGUAAGAAAAAAUAAUUUUGGGUACCAAAAUACAAUUUAUAAAAAAACAGUGUGUUGAUUAGGGUCAACCCACUGACUCGACCCGUCCCGACCAUUGAGGGUCAGACAGGGUCAAGAAGGAGACAGGGACGGGACGUGUCAGUUAUACAUCUUGACCAUUCAGGGACUGGUCAAACAGAGUCAACCCACUGACUCGACCCGUCCCGACCAUUGAGGGUCAGAUAGGGUCAAGAAGGAGACAGGGACCGGAUGGGUCAGUUAUACAUCUUGACCAUUCAGGGACAGGUCAGACAGGGUCAGGAACGGGUCGAGGCAAUUUUCAGCCCUACCAGGCUACCAUCUGAUGGAUACUAAGUAGGGGUGGGCAUGUGGGUGGUUAAUCCGCAGAUUGAUAUCGAUCCAUCCGCAAAUAACCCGACCCGUAUACAAUGGGUGAUUGAUGUGGGUAAAUUGCAGAUUGAUCAAUCUUCCACCCGCACUUAUGUGGGUUGGUGGAUUGAGGGUCACCCAUAUGACCCGCAUCUUAUUUUUACAUGAAAAAUGUUGUUUCCUAUAGUAUAGAAUAUUAAUCAUAUUUUCGUAAUGCACUAUAGUAUUGUGACAAUAUACUUCAAAAAGUGGAGAAUAAAGAAUUGUUUUGACUACUAUUAUUGGUUUUGUGUUGUGCAAUAUCUAUUAGAUAUUGGAUAUUGGUAUGCAAAUUAUUGUUAAUAUUAAUUUAAUAUUGGGAUGAAAACUAUAAAUUAUUAAUUGUAUC